AUGUCGCACCCGACCAGGCUCGUCAUCGUAUGCUGCCACGGCACAUGGCUCGGCGGGCCCUCCAAAGGCCGCGACGAAGCCGAAUGGCUCCUCGCCGACUUCCAGCACGGCGAAACCCCCACCUUCAUCGCCCACAUCAAGGCCGGCCUCCGAUGCCUCGCAGACGACAGGAGCCGCUCCGUCCUCGCAUUCUCAGGCGCCCCGACCCGAAAAGAAACGGCCCUCUCAGAAGCCCGGUCCUACGCCAACAUCGCCGUCCAAAACGCCUACUUUGGCCUCCUCGGCCCGCCCGUCACGGAUGCGGAUAUCAUCCUCGAGGAGCGCGCGCUUGACUCGUACCACAAUGUGCUGUUUGGUUUGUCGCUGUUUUAUCGGCGGUUUCGAUGCUGGCCUCGGCACCUCGCGAUUGUGAGCCACGCGUUCAAGAAGCCCAGGAUCCUGGGGGGCCACUGUGUCGCUAUUGGCUUCCCGCUCGAGAGGGUGUCGUUUGUCGGUAUAGAUCCGCCGUGCUUGGGAGCCAAGCCCGGCGCCAUGAUAGGGGUGGCAGAGGCCGAGGAGGAAUGGCGGCGUGACGCGCACGGCAGAGGGCCCGGGUUGGCGGCCAAGAGGGCGAGGAGGAACGUCUGGGGGGUCUGGCAGGGUGUUUUCGAGGAGGGCACAGAGGAUGGCGACAAGGGAGGUUUGAGGACCGUCGGCGACGGCGGUGGUGGCAGUGAGGUGUUGGUCCAAGGGGCGCGGCCGUGGUGA